AUGGCCACGCCUACAUGCGGCCGUGCUGGGAGUGGUCUACUGAGUGGCCAGAAGGGAACCGACCUGCUGGACAACCAGUCUGUGCCUGUGUGGGUACAGGGAUCACUGUCGGGAGAGAACAGCGACACUUUUGCAGAAACAAUCUUCAAGACUGGGGCGCUGGCCCAGCCCCAGCCCUGGUGGAAGAGCCAGCUGUUUGUGUGGGAGCCAGUGCUGUUUGGGACCUGGGACGGUGUGUUCACAUCCUGCAUGAUCAACAUUUUUGGGGUUGUCCUUUUCCUGAGGACUGGCUGGUUAGUGGGAAAUACAGGAGUGCUCAUGGGCAUGUUUCUGGUGUCCUUUGUCAUCCUGGUGGCCCUCAUCACCGUGCUGUCUGGCAUCGGUGUUGGGGAGCACUGUGGUGUUGGCAGCGGUGGUGUCUACUCGAUGAUCUCCUCGGUCCUUGGUGGGCAGACCGGUGGCACGAUUGGGCUACUGUACGUGUUUGGACAGUGUGUCGCAGGGGCCAUGUACAUCACCGGCUUUGCUGAGUCCAUCUCCGAUUUGCUGAGCCUCAGGAGUAUCUGGGCCGUGCGAGGAAUUUCGGUGGCGGUGCAUCUGGCCUUGCUGGGGAUUAACCUAGCAGGUGUCAAAUGGAUAAUCCGCCUCCAGCUGCUGCUGCUGUUCCUGCUGGCCGUGUCCACACUGGACUUCGUGGUGGGCUCUUUCACACACCUGGACCCAGAGCACGGUUUUAUUGGGUAUUCACCAGAACUGCUACAGAACAACACUCUGCCAGAUUACAGCCCCGGAGAGUCUUUUUUCACUGUUUUUGGGGUGUUCUUCCCAGCGGCUACAGGAGUCAUGGCUGGUUUCAACAUGGGGGGUGACCUCAGGGAGCCCGCUGCCAGCAUCCCCCUGGGCUCCAUAGCAGCUGUUGGCAUCUCGUGGUUUCUGUACAUCGUAUUUGUCUUCCUGCUGGGCGCUGUCUGCACCCGAGAGGCCCUUCGCUAUGACUUCCUGAUAGCGGAAAAGGUGUCCCUGGUGGGCUUCCUGUUCCUUUUGGGCUUAUACAUCUCAUCUCUGGCCUCCUGUAUGGGAGGACUCUAUGGAGCCCCCCGGAUCCUGCAGUGCAUUGCCCAGGAGAAAGUGAUUCCCACACUGGCCUGUCUGGGGAAAGGGAAAGGGCCAAAUAAAACACCUAUAGCUGCCAUCUUCCUGACCAGCUUAGUGACAAUGGCCUUUGUCCUUGUGGGCCAGGUGAAUGUUCUAGCCCCCAUUGUCACCAUCAAUUUCAUGCUGACAUACAUUGCAGUGGACUACUCUUACUUCUCUCUGUCCAUGGGUCCCUGCAGCCUUCCCCAGGUGCCUGAGUCAGUGCACAGGGAGGGCACAGGAGCUCUCCACUGCUCUGAGCACCUGCUCUUGCAGAAGGCUCCCAGCUAUGGCUCUGAGGGCACUGCCCGAAGCCUCUCUGAGGGAACUCUGCUCGAAUUCACCAAAGACAUGGAUCAACUCCUCCAGCUAACCAGGAAGCUUGAGAAUAGCCAACCUAGGCAAGGAGACAGUGACGGGAUCCCAGAAAGUAAGAAGGGGAAAAGCAAGAAGGCCACAAAGUCAACCUUACAAGAUAGCUUCCUUUUGGACCUCAAAUCCCCAGCUUCCUUGCCUGCUGAGGGCUCUGACAGAUUGCCUACUGCCUCAUGGGAGGGGCAGGAAGCCUACUGGAACAAACAGAGUGCCAGGAGUGAAAGAGUUUGGUCUAGAGGAGCAUGUGGAGAACAACUUGUCCCUGAGCCAAGUUACCAGCCUGGCCCAAGUGGAGAAGAGUUCUUCCUGAAGUCUAGGCUCCAGGACCAAGAUAUCCAGAGGACCAAUUCUUUCUACACCCACAUGUGACACCCCUGGGUCUCCCUGUUAGGGGUUGUUGGGUCCCUUCUCAUCAUGUUUGUGAUCCAGUGGGUCUAUACCCUCAUUAACAUGGGUGUUGCUGCCAUUGUGUAUUUCUAUAUCGGUCGGGCCAGUCCAGGGCUUCACCUUGGAUCAGCCUCCAACUUCAGCUUCCUCAGGUGGAUGAAGUCUCUUCUGAUCCCCUCCUGCAGGAGCUUGAGAUCUCCCCAAGAGCAGAUAAUUUUGGCGCCAUCCCUGGCUAGGGUUGACAUGGAAAUGACUCAGCUCACCCAGGAGAACGCAGACUUCGCUACUCGGGAUCGCUACCACCAUUCUUCCUUUGUGAGUCGGGAACAGCUGAUGUCUCAGUACUAGGGUACUGAGUGCUUAGUAGUAGGCAGCCCAAGGGCCCUCCUUUCUUGGAGCUGUCCUGUGCACAAUGGAUCUGAAUCUCAGAACCUUCAUGAUGCUGAUUCUCCUCAGUAAGAAACUCAAAGACCUGUCCUCCCACUGUUGUUCUGGAAAAUGGACAUCUGCAUUCUGGUCUGGAGUACCACAUCUCACCAGGGUAACCACUGGAGUGGCUGUGGCCUCCUCAACAUGCACCCAGUUUGAAGAGCUCCACAACAAACAUCAAGACUUGUAGGUGUGGAGAAUCAGCCCAGGUUGCUUGUUCUGAAGGCCACA